CACAAAUGCAUGAGGAGCAGACAAAAGGAGAAGUGAAAGUUGCAAAUAAAUGAGAGUACAUAUCAUAUCAGUCACAUCAUCCUUCAAGCCACACUUGGCUUGAGAAACAGCGUGGAAGAAAAAGAAAAUCCAGCACAAGACAGCUGGGGCACCUUGACCUAUAGAGUUGCGUCAGCGACCGGCCAUGGGAUGACAUUUGGCCAAGAUGAGUGAUGAGCCGUUGUUGGAGGAGAAGCUGAUCAAGCGAUCGCAGCAGAAGAGGAGGAUGUCGCCGCUCAACUUCAAGGAGAGGCUGUUUGUCCUGACCAAGAACAGCCUCAGCUACUACGACGGCAGGGCGGAGAAAAAGUUCCAAAGAGGCUGCAUCGAGCUGAGUUGCAUCCGAUGUGUGGAGGUGGUCAAGGACGAGGUUGGGCUCAACCCCUGCCAGAACAAAUAUCCUUUCCAGGUGGUGCACAGCACCAACACGCUGUACGUGUUCACGCCAAGCCACGACAGCAGGAGCGUCUGGGUCCAGCGAAUCAAAGAGGAGAUCCGAGACAACCUGGAGAUCCUGACCAAGUUUCACCCGCGGUUCUGGUGGGAGGGCGAGUGGCUGUGCUGUGGUCAGGUGGAGAAGCAAGCCCCCGGCUGUGAGGAGUACAACCCGUUUGGAAAUACUUCCAGGAAACCGUUACCCCCGAUUCCCGCUGAGGACGGCACAUAUGGAAGGCACCCGCAACCUCUCCUCCCCGAGGUGUGCGACGACGACUACGCUGAAGACACGGUGGUGGCGCUUUAUGACUUUGCCGGCAGCGAGCCGCACGACCUGAGUCUUGUCAAAGGAGACGAAUACGUCAUCGUGGAGCGUUGUGACGUCAACUGGUACAAAGCACGCAACCAAGACGGGGAUGAAGGCUACAUCCCGAGUAACUACGUCACUGAGAAGAAAUCUGGCAACCUGGCGCAGUUUGCCUGGUACAGCAAACAUGUCAACCGGAACAAGGCUGAGGAGCUCCUGCGGAAAGAGGAGAAAGAAGGAGCCUUCAUUGUCAGAGAGUCCAGCACCAGGGGGACUUACACAGUUUCGCUCUACACAAAGUCCGUGGCAGGGAAGGGAGGCGGCGCCAUUAAACAUUACCGAAUCCGGGAGACCAAAGGCUCGCCUAAACAGUUUUACCUGGCGGGGAAACAUAUGUUUCCAUCCAUCGCCGAGCUCAUCACGUACCAUCAACACAACGCGGCAGGGAUGGUCACCAGAUUAAGAUAUCCUGUCGGGAAACAGGACAGGUCGGCUCCGUCCACAGCUGGCUUCAGCUACGAGAAGUGGGAGAUCAACCCCAGUGACCUGACCUUCAUGAAAGAGGUUGGCAGCGGUCAGGCAGGGGUGGUGCGGCUCGGCAUGUGGAGAGCGCAGCAUAAAAUUGCCAUCAAGGCCCUCAAGCCGGGCGCCAUGUAUGAAGAGGACUUCAUCGAGGAGGCCAAGGUCAUGAUGAAGUUGUCCCAUCCCAAGCUGGUGCAGCUGUACGGCGUGUGCAGCCAGCAGCGGCCCAUCUACAUCGUCACCGAGUUCAUGGAGCACGGCUGCUUGCUGGACUUCCUGCGGAGUCGGCGGGGCAGCUUAGGCGCGGCCUCACUGAUGAGCGUCUGCCUGGAUGUGUGCGAGGGCAUGCGGCACUUGGAGAGCAGCUGCUUCAUUCACAGAGAUCUCGGGGCCAGGAACUGCCUGGUGAACGACGCCCUGGUGGUUAAGGUGUCUGACUUCGGCAUGGCCAGGUACAUUUUGGAUGACCAGUACACCUCGUCGUUGGGCUCCAAGUUCCCUGUGAAGUGGUCACCUCCAGAAGUCUUCAACUUCUGCAGAUACAGCAGCAAAUCUGACGUCUGGUCCUAUGGUGUGCUGAUGUGGGAGGCGUUCACUGAAGGCCGCAUGCCGUUUGAGCAAUGUGACAACCACGAGGUCGUUACCUUGGUAACGAAGGGUCACCGCCUCCCUCGGCCCAAACUUGCCACGGCGACUAUCUAUGACAUCAUGCAGCUGUGCUGGCAGGAGAGACCCGAGGACCGUCCAUCCUUCUCGCAGCUCUGCCUCAUGGUCGCUGAUCUUCUGGAGGGCGAUGUCGCGCUCGCCAACUGACUCGUGCGGCGGCCGUGAGGUGAGCGGUCCGAGACGAAGACUGUGUGUAGCAUGCAAACUAGAUGAUGGUUCUUCUCCCCUGAUUUUUGGGAUAUGAGUGCUGUACGGGUCCACAUACUUCACAUUAAGUUUGGCAGACGAGAAAAAAAGAUGUCUGACCUGUCUGUCAGUGUUAUUGAGAAAAACAACCCAUUUUUCCUUUUUUGUGGCAGAUUUGAACGCAUUAUUAAUAUUUCCAUUCAUACCAAUGAGUAAAACUGAUUUGAGGUGUCAUUGUUCUGCAUAAUGAAUUAAACUUGUGUCUCGAGGCACUGUACUUACUUCUCAAA